AUGGGGGCUUUUUUUCUCAUUUUUCUCUUUACAAUUAUUCAUUUUUCACUUCUAUCAAAAUCAGUCAUCAUGGUGAAUCCAAAUAAAGGGUUUAGUAUGAAGAUGAUUCAUAUAAACUCCAAAGAAUCGCCUUUAUAUACAGGUGAUCAUUUAACACGGGUCGAAAAGCUUCAAAGACUCGCCGAACAAUCCAAAGCUCGAGCAGUUUACAUCGAGUCACAAAUAUUACUCCAAAAUAAUGCAACACAAUCCAUGAAUCCGGAUGAUGUACGCAUUCGUGUAGUUUACGACUACACAGGGUUAUAUGUUGUAAAGGUUGGUUUGGGUACGUUUCGUGAUAGACAAAUGUCAUUCAUGGACUACUAUUUGAUUGUUGAUACAGGUAGUGAUCAGACAUGGCUCCAAUGUGAAGGUGCAACAAAAACUUUCAGACAAGAUAUGCCACUUUAUCCUUGGAGCUUGUCAACUACAUAUCGUCCUGUUCCUUGUAAUACACAUCCUAUUUGCAAGGGAGAUAAGUGCAAUGUUGAUGGCCAAUGCACAUAUUCAGUACGCUAUGCGUCUGGGUCGGUUACAUCUGGUAUUGUUGCUACAGAAAAAUUCACUCUUGGCUCUGAUACUGGUGGUCUUGAAAAUAUUGAAUUACAAAUAGGCUGUGGUUUUCUCCAAGAGAAUUUCGAAGGUUUUUGCGGCAGGAAUCAUUUACGUGGAAAACGUGAUCUUAUUGCGGGAAUACUUGGUUUAGGAUCCGGAGAAUGGUCUUUUAUAAAUCAGUUAGGUGUGGCUGGACAAGGUAAAUUUUCCUACUGCUUUGAGGCUAUUAACUGGAAACUUGAGGGAUCGAAUACAUAUUUAAGGUUUGGUGCAGAUGCGAAAAUUGGAGGUGCAUUUCAAAAAGUACAUAUAACACCCAUUGUCGUAACUCCGUUUCUGACGUCGCUCUAUUACUUAAAUCUAGAAGAUAUUAGUGUAGGUAACAAAAGAGUAGGAUUUCCUAAAGGUACUUUCAAGGUUAUUGAUGAAAGAAAAGGUGGUACUAUCAUAGAUUCUGGUAGUGCAAUGUCCAUGUUGCAUAAAGAUCAUUUUGACAGUGUUGCAAAUUUGGUGAAGUCCCAUUUUAACAGGCUUGCAGUUGAAUAUAUUGGAUCAGACGGUAUAUUUGAUGUUUGUUUUCGUCUACGUGGAAGAUUUGAUACUAGUAACUAUCCUUCUAUUACACUACAUUUUCAGGAGGCUGAUUAUGUUAUUCAAGAUUAUAAAACUAAUUUCGUGAUGCUAUCUGCUGAAAUUGUUUGUUUCGGUAUUGUCAAAGGGAGUACGAAUGGUGGGCCAGCUUUUAUUCUAGGAGCAUAUCAACAAGCUAAUAAACGUAUUUUAUAUAACCUUAAUGAUCGCUCACUCUCAUUCGCUACGGAGUAUUGCGAAUUGGAUUCAUGA